AUGGCCAGCAAUGGUACCGAUACAGCGGGUUGGGUUGACGCGCCCAAUGUACGCGGGUCGAUAGACAUCCUCUGGUCAUGUGCCUUGGUUUUAUCCACAGCUUUGUACACCGUCUUGCAUUUGAAUAUCCCUGGUCCGAACGAUAGCUUGAUGGUGGUCAUAAUGCGCAAGAUACGCUGGGGUAUGUUGGCCAUCUUGGCCCCGGACUUGCUGGUGUACUUCUCGGCCAUGCAGUGGGAGGCCGCACAGCAAGCCGUCGAGCAGAUGCACCGGAUGGGCCACAAGCACUGGACACUGAAGCACGCUUUUUAUGCCAACAGCGGAGGCUUUGUUCUGCGGUCGAUCGACUACCGCCCGUUUCCAAUCACAUCCGCAGCCCUCCAGUACCUCGUGGAGGCAGACUAUAUCGAGUGCCCAACUAUCACCGAGGAGGAGAUUUGGGACAAAAGCAAGGCAGAUGUCUUUGCAAAAUGUGUGGCCUUGGUCCAAACCGCUUGGUUGGCGGUACAGGCGAUCGCACGGGUCAUUCAGGGGCUAUCCGUGACCCCGCUGGAGCUCUUCUCGCUCGGGUUCGUCCUGUCGACUAUGAUGAGCUACUACUUCUGGAUGCACAAGCCCCAAAAUGUCAGCGUACCCACGUAUAUCGACCUCAAAUAUGGAAGUGUCAACGCCAUCCUGAGUCAGGAUGGUAACACCUCCGUGGAAGAGUUUCAGCACACCCCCCUAGAUUUCGUCGAGAAGCCGAUGCAGCGGUGGCACCGUCGGCCCACGUUGGAGAAAUUUGGCCUAGAGGAGGGACCGCUGCAGCGCAUGCCCGAUGACAAGAUCCCGGUGAUCAACAUGCGCCGCCAGACUUGGAUUUUGGUGACGGUCCAAGCGAUGGUACAUCCUGCCAUCCACUGUCUGGGAUGGAACCACCUGUUUCCGACCCCGACGGAGAGGCUAUUGUGGCGUAUCGGUGCCCUGGUACUGGCGUCCGGGCUUCCGCUCGCUACCACGGUGCGGGUGGCUUUGACAGCUCUAGGGUUCAAGGGUCACCGGUCGCUGACCUAUAUUUGGAUUCAGCCCACGGAGCGACCGCCGGGAUGGCGACCGUGGGUGCUCGAUAUAAUCUCCACCCUCAUCAGCAUGUGCUUAGUUCCUGCGCGGUUGUAUAUCAUCGUCGAGGCGUUCAUCAGUCUGCGGCGACUACCGGUCAGCUCGUUCCAGACGGUAGCAUGGACGGGCUUUAUUCCGCAUGUGUGA